AUGGCGACCGCUCAGGAUAGCGUGCCUUUGGUCUCAGGGAGAAAUGAGGGAUCGACGGUGACGUCUGCUGGCCCAAGCGUCGAACUCCAGGCAAUCGACAGCGCGUCCCCAGCAGGAAAUUCUAGAGGGGCGAGUAUAGACGUCGCGCCUUUCCAGGCGAGUUCUCAGGUGUCGCGCCCGGCAACUGCAGCCGACGCCGACGCACUUAACGACAAGAAAGCUGUCGGGAAGGCGGCUUCGGCCCCAGCUGGGAAGCAAAUUCCGAUCCCGUGCGGGCUGAACCGGUAUGUCCUGGCGGUCCUUUUCUGCAUUGUCGUUCUGUUGAAAGGGUGUACGUAUUGGGGUUGGAAUGGCAUGCAGGACAUGCUGUACAAGUCAGGUGCCUAUUCGUGGGAAUGCACAGAAGAGUCGGCGGGUGCGGGAGUCCUGGUCAUCGGCAACGCCGAGUACGCAGAUUGCUCGGCAAGGAAGAACAUGAUUAACAACCUGUACACGGCAACGUUCUCCGCCCAUUUUAUCUCCUCUGCUCUAUCAGGCAUUCUGCUUGACGCAGCGGGGCCGAAGAUUUGCAUGCUCGCCGCACUGGCAGUCGAAGCAGGCGGCUGGUUGUUGAUUGGGUUUUCUUCUGAAAGCUUCCAGGGAUACUACGCGGGAGGCGUGUUCCUCGGCAUUGCUGCGGAUCCCGGCUAUCUCCCCUUACUGUCGAUGGCGAACCUGUUCCCAGGGAACCAGUCGUUCAUCAUGGCUGUCCUCGGUUCUCUGCGUUCGAUCUCGUUUGCAGUUCCCGUUGUGAUGUCCGCCAUUUACCAAGGGGACGGAUUUGGAGAGAACGACUUCUGGAAGAUCAUUGUGUUCUACGUCGCGGUUUGCUUGGGGCUCGCCACCGUCAUCAGUCUGUUCACAGUGCCCAUGCAAGUCUUCCGGCCGCCCUCAGAGUUGGUCCAAGACUCUGGAAGCGAUCAGAAACAAGAAGACAACGUCCCGCAACGCCGCACCUCGUACACUGGGCCAAUGUUGCCGCCGGAUGCAGACGUUGCCUCCGAGCUCAAGGAGCAAUGCCAGGAUAUUCAAAGUGCGCACGACGAGCCCCGGCUGUCGCACGUGGGCGAGUCCGUCGGGACUGCAGCUGAACCCACCGUCUCGUUUGUUUCCACGCUCAAGUCGAAGGAGUUUCUGCUUAUUGUCCCCUGCUUCGUCAUUGCGCUUCUUCGCGCGGAGUUCUACACAAAGAGCAACAAGGAACAGCUGCAAGUGUCGACGACGUCCAACGUGUACCAGAUGUUCAGCGUUUUGAACAUUAUGUCUUUCCUUCCGGGACCCAUGUUUGGGAAGAUGACGGACAAGUUCGGAAUUCUCCCGGUUAUCAGCAUCCUCAAUGGCUGUGGGAUCCUCCUGUACGUCUUUGUUAUGCCCAACGUCAUUGCUUGCAAAGCGAUCUCCACUCUGCUCUACUUCAUUUACUGCUCCUUCGUCCUCAGCAACCUGUACUGCUACGUGGCUAUCAACUUCCCUUCGGAAUACUUUGGAAAGCUCACGGGUCUUGCCUCGCUGAUUGGCGGUGUCUUCUCCCUCACGAGCAUCGGCUGGUACAAACUGUCCUCUGAGACGCUCAUCGGCUUGGCUCCGUACAACUUCUUGCCCGCCGACGGCAUGAUGAUUUUCCUGGGCAUCAUCAACUGCUUUAUCAUCAUGGCCAUGCUCCGCCAGGCGAAGAGGAAGAGGGCGAUGGCAAAGGAAAAUGCCUUGCUGGACGUGUCUGGGAAAGGCCAGGCUGCUGGCAGGGACGAACAACCCGCGACUGCGAACCCAGAGGCGGCUGUCUAA